AUGCCGCCGGCAAAGGACUACUCGACGGUGCCCCCUCUCGACAUUCCUCUGCACGUCAAGUACGUGCAGCAGCUGGAUGAGGUGAGCCCCUGCUGCCCCUGCUGCAGCCCCGCGGUCCGGGCCCUGCCGUUUGCUGGGCUGACCAGUCUCCAGAACAAAGACCUCGCGUACCACCUCACGGCGCACCUGCGCCUGAACGGCGUGUACUGGGGCCUCACUGCGCUCAGUGUGCUCGGCAGGCCUGACGCGCUGAGCCGCGAUGACAUGGUCGACUACGUCAUGGCGUGCUGGGACGACGAGGCCGGCGCGUUUGGGGCCCACGUCGCGCACGACGCGCAUAUGCACGCGACAUUGAGCGCGAUCCAGAUUCUGAUCAUGCAGGACGCGCUCGACCGCUGCGACGUCGACCGGGUCGUCAAGUUCGCACUGUCGCUCGUCGGCGAGGACGGAUCAAUGGCAGGAGACGCUUUCGGCGAGCGGGAUACGCGCUUCUCGUACCUCCUUGUCUCAGCGCUUUCGCUGCUUGGGCGCCUGGGUGACCUGGACGAGCUGUACGGUGGCACUGGGAGGCAGCGCGUCAUCGACCACUUGGUUGGUAGCAUGAACUUUGACGGAGCAUUUGGGAGCGCACCAGGGGCAGAGAGCCACGGAGCACAGGUCUGGGUCUCGGUCGCAUCUCUCGCCAUACUCGGCGAGCUGGACCGCGUCGACAGCGACCUGCUCGGCUGGUGGCUCGCUGAGCGGCAGCUUGCCAACGGCGGGCUGAAUGGGCGCCCCGAGAAGCUAGAGGACGUGUGCUACUCGUGGUGGAACCUGGCGGCGCUGAGCAUCAUCGGCAAGCUGCACUGGAUCAACCGCGACAAGCUUGUGGCGUUUAUUCUGUCUGCGCAGGACCUCGACGGUGGAGGUAUUGCCGACAGGCCGGACGACUGGGUCGACGUCUUUCACACAGUGUUCGGCGUGGCGGGGCUCUCGCUCCUCGGCUACCCUGGCCUCCGUGACAUCCACCCCCUGUACUGUAUGCCGCGCGAGGUCAUUGAGAAGAGAGCCUUGGGACGCGCGUACCAGCAGCUGCCUCGGCUGGACACGUGGCCAUCGGCAUCGCCUGCGGAGGCUGUCAAGCAUACGACGCAGCCAUGACCCAACGGGUGCCUUUUGAUAAGCCGACGCGCAGGUGGCAAUGACAUGAGACAAGGCUACGCAAGCCAGGUCGACCGGCCUGUUUUUGUUGUUGUUCCUCUGCGAUAAGCCGACUCGGAUUGAUCACCACCCUUGGCGUCUACGCACACCUCGGGGCACCCGAUGCUGUCGGUCUGUCUCAAGGCUUCAUUCAUCAUUAUACGGAUGUGAUUUCUUCUAUAGCAGAGGAACGAGCGUAGGGCUACAUGUAUACUGGUUUGACUAGGGUGAAGCUUAGGACAGGGGUAAGGUAGGCGGAGGUGGGGGUGGGGGUGGG